GAAACACAUCGAUUAAAUAACCUGAUAUGCUGUAUGAUGGAUGGUUUUACUAUGUGGUAGAGCAUGAAAAUAAUGUACUGCAGGAAAAAGUGAGGACCUUGCACAUGGAGGAACAGGCCUGUUGUAAACUACAGCAAAGGGUCCAGCAGUUAGAGAGUCAAAUCUCUGAAACUCAACUCCGUCUUGACAAAGAGAAUGCCAAGUACCACAGCGCUUGUCGACAGCAAGAGUCAAUGCAGGCAAAGCAGAAGUCUUUGUUAGAGAGAGUUGACGCUCUUGACGAAGAGUGUGAAGAGCUGCAGAGGCAGUUGGGAGACAGGGAGGAGAGACAGAUCGACACUCACAAUCACCUGCAACAGAUGUCACAGGAGAAGGAGCUAGUGCAGGCUCAGCUCGCUCAGCAGCAGGACGUGUGUUUGGUGCUCCAAAAAGAGAAGCUGACACUGGAAACACACGUAGGCGAGCUUAAGAACAGUGUGGCUGAGCUGAAGGAAUACACACAAGCUUUAAGGGAGAGGGAGAGGCUGCUGGUGGCUUUCCCAGAGCUCAGCCCUCUGGCUCAGGCCCGACCCCAGAGUACAGGAAAUUUGCUUUUGGAUAUGGAGCAACAAUUGCAGGCAAAUAGCAUUCGUAUAAACAUUCUGGAGCAGGAAAACACUACACUAUACAGCAGCCUUGUGAAACUGAGGGAAAGAGCACAAAAUAAUGCUCCCAGGGAAGCCGCACCUCAGCAGACAUGGAGCCUCUCUCUGCCCAGCACACCAGUAGAGAAGCAACCAAAUCACUUGACACAAAUGCAAAAGAGUCCAUUGCAGAGCAGCAGUGUAACAGGGUUGGGAUACGGUAACAAAGGGAGGGAAGCAAGACGAGGGGAAAGUGGUCUGGAGUCAGCCAUGUCAGACGAUCAUGUGUCCACUGCCCCCACCUCCCCCCCGUCUCUGCUACUUCACCUUCAAACCCUCCACCUCAACAUGGAUUCCACUGUUGCUAAAAGCCAGAAAACAGCACACGGUGGUUCUCUCCUCUCUCACUCCAGAAGCUCGAACCAGAAGAAAAAUAUGAAACCCUGAAUGUGUAAAUGCAAUGAAACAGAACUCCCAGUUGGAGAGAGAAAGUUCACAGCGUCGUAUAGGGAUUUCUGGCAACAUCAACAAGGCUCAUAAAAGGCACAUUCCCUAUAAUAUGUCACGAUAUCUCGUUGCACAUUAUACCACACUAACACUAACGCUUUUGUAUUGUUACAUUCUCAUUGUGUUCACUUGUGACAGUGGACUGUUACUACAUUUUUUCAUUAUGCUGUUGAAUUUAUAUAC